AUGUUGCGUUGUUUUACCGCUUCUGGGUUUCAUUUGCCACGUUGCACAUUAGCCACCAUGGGGUUUGUCUCUUGCACAGGAUCAAACCGUUGGUGCAGCGUGUCAGCCGGGUCGACACCGCACAAAUCAGCAGAAGGAGACGUCCUCCAGUCCAAUAUCAAGAAGGAAGAGCGAUCGCGGGAUUUUUCUGAGCUUUACGCCGCCCAUCCCUCACAGUACGAGUCUGCUCCGGCAGCUAUUCGACCAAAUGUCCUUCGUUACCCGUGCGACCCAAAGAGUGCAGAAUUUCAGGAAAAUCUGAGACGUAUGGAGGGUCUAACGACGGAGCUGCGACGUCGUGUACAAGUGGUUAUUGAGGGGGCUUCUGAAAAUGAUCGCAAGGCCCGUGAGCGACACGUUAGUCGCGGGAAAUUGUUGCCUAGAGAGCGUAUCGAGAAACUUAUUGACCCAAUGACCCCCUUUUUGGAAUUAUCUCAGCUUGCCGGGCUCGAUUUGUAUCCUGGGGAGUCAUGUCAUUCAGGUGGCAUUAUUGCGGGCAUUGGUGUUGUGCAUGGCAUUCGUGUGAUGAUUUUGGCGAAUGAUGCCACUGUGAAGGGCGGAACAUAUUAUCCCAUAACUGUUAAAAAGCAUCUGCGGGCUCAAAAAAUUGCAUGGGAAAAUCAUCUUCCUUGUAUUUAUCUUGUGGAUAGUGGUGGGGCCAAUCUUGCUCGACAAGAUGAAGUGUUCCCGGAUGAACAACAUUUUGGUCGUAUUUUCUUUAACCAGGCCAAUAUGUCUGCUGCGGGGAUUCCGCAGAUCGCUGUGGUUAUGGGGAGUUGCACGGCUGGUGGUGCCUACGUGCCAGCGAUGUCGGAUGAGAGCGUUAUUGUCAAGGGCAAUGGUACCAUAUUUCUUGGGGGUCCACCGCUUGUUUUUGCCGCGACUGGAGAGAAAGUGACUCCAGAGGAAUUGGGCGGGGCUGCUGUGCACUGUCGAACAAGUGGUGUUACGGACUAUUUUGCGACGGAUGACCUUCAUGCAUUAUACUUAACACGACGUAUUGUAAGAAAUUUGAGUCGGGAAGAAGGUUCAAAAGAUGUGGAGAGUAAAACCUUUACGCCACCCUUGUACGACCCAAAGGAGAUUGGAGGAUUUAUACCUGAUAUGGCUGCAGAAGUUGUGAAGAGUUUUGAUAUACGUGCUGUGAUUGCCCGUCUUGUUGACGGAAGUGAAUUUGACGAGUUCAAGGCGCAAUACGGCAACACGUUGGUGUGUGGGUUCGCACGUUUUGAAGGAAUGCAUGUGGGCAUUGUUGCCAACAACGGUAUCCUGUAUUCUGAAUCGGCUCUUAAAGGGGCACACUUCAUUGAAUUGUGCUCUCAACGUCAUAUCCCUCUGUUGUUUCUGCAGAACAUUACGGGAUUUAUGGUUGGGAAGGCCUAUGAAAGGGGCGGAAUCGCAAAGGACGGUGCAAAGCUUGUGACGGCUGUGGCGACAACGAAGGUUCCAAAAAUUACCGUAAUCAUUGGAGGGAGUUAUGGUGCAGGCAAUUAUGGAAUGUGCGGCCGUGCCUUUGGCCCCCGUUUUCUUUUUAUGUGGCCCAAUGCGAGGAUAAGUGUCAUGGGAGGGAAUCAGGCUGCAACAGUGCUUGCGCUCACAAACUCUAAAUUGAAGCCCGAUGCAAUAGAGAGCUUAAAAUCGGAGGUGAAGACAAAAUACGAGAAGGAGGGUUCCUGCUACUACAGCACAUCACGUUUAUGGGAUGAUGGCGUCAUUGCCCCCGAGGACACUCGUGCGGUGGUGGUUCAGACGCUGCGCACAGUUCGCUUGGCUCCGCGGCAGAAGACAGAGUUUGGUUUGUUUCGUAUGUAA